AUGGAUCGGAUCGACGUGGCGCUCGGUGUCCUCCGCUCCCUCCGAGUGCCUCCUGAUGACUUGAAACCCAUUGUCGACGGCGAUCGCCGCAUCAUCGACUCGAUGACAUGGAUCUUGCUGCAUGGUGCGGGGGACAACCGCGACAUGAGAUCGACGGCAACUCUGGUCUUGAAGUCCGUGAUCCAGGCAGCAGAUUCGAGAGUGUUAGAGCAACUGAAGCCCGAUUUCUUCCGAGCUGUGUUAUCCCUCGUCCGCGAUCGGAUCUCUCAACAAGCAACCAAAGCCGCGCUGCAGGUCCUGCUACAUGCACGCGGAUGGGGAAGGAAUCGAAUCAAGAUAGUAGAGGCCGGUGGAGUGAAGGAGAUUGUGGAGCUUGAGCUGACGACGACGGAGCUCAACCUGGGGGUGCUGAGCCAACUGUGCGCGAGCGCAGACGGAAGGGCUGAGCUCGUGGGCCGUGCCGCCGGCAUCACGACCGCUUCGAAGUGGUCCCUCCGGGUCUCGUCGCUGGCGGACGAUGAAGGGGUCAGGAUUCUGUCGUCGCCGUGCAGCUACUCCGCCACCACCGAGGUCCUGCAGGAGAUGAUGAGUGUGAGGUUUUGUCGGAUCCGAAGCUUCCAAACAUUAAUGACCGUUUUCUCGCGAUACGACAAAAGAUACUCUGUAAUCAACACGCAAUAUGAGUCCGAAUCGGUUGGUGAUCGGACCAGUUUUGAUUUCGGAUCCACGAAGAUAGAUCCGAUCCACGAAAAGCUCCGUUAG